CACAAAAUUGCUACAAAAGUUUCCGCGUGUUUCCUUCCCGCGCACAUCGUGCUAGGUGGAAGUUGGUCAUGGUCGUCCGACAAACGGAAAGCCGCCAUGAUGGCUUUCUGUAAAGUACGCCCAAUAUGUAAAGUUUCGUUACGGUUUUUCAUUAAUUGUGACUGAGUGCGUGCAAAAAUUAACCAUGGGAACGAACUAGAGUGUGUUAAGUUCAGUUUACGGUCCUUUAGGACCUCCUGGAGGAGCUAUAAAGUGUUUUAUGAGUGCAUUUUUGUGUCGACGCUAGCGUGUUUUGUUCUGUCAACAAAAUGUCGAAGCUCUCGUUUAGGGCGAGGGCCCUGGAUGCGUCGAAGCCAAUGCCCAUAUAUCUCGCCGAGGAGCUUCCGGAUUUACCGGACUACUCGGCGAUUAAUCGUGCAGUACCUCAAAUGCCCUCUGGAAUGGAAAAAGAGGAGGAAUGUGAGCACCACCUCCAGAGGGCGAUAUGCACGGGGCUCAUCAUACCCACGCCGGAGGUAUGCGACGUCCAGGACCUGGAGUUCUACGAGCGGUGCUACCCACCCGACUACAAGAUGCCCAAGCAGCACAUACACAUGCAGCCGCUGUGGCAGGAACAAGAGGCGCCAGAGUACGACAUCGAUUCCGAGGACGAGCGGUGGCUGAAGCAGCAGAGGCAUCCGGAGCUCACAGAAUUAAUGUUCGAACAAAUGAUGGACAAGCUAGAAAAGAGCUCCGGGCAGACGGUGGUGACGCUGAACGAGGCCAAGCUCCUGCUGGAGAGGCACGACGACCUGGUCAUCGCCGUCUACGACUACUGGCUCAACAAGAGGCUCAAGACUCAACACCCUCUGAUCCUGUCGGUGAAAACCGAGAGCCGGCCGGGCCAGUCGUCGAACAACCCCUACCUCGCCUUCCGACGCCGCACCGAGAAGAUGCAGACCAGGAAGAACAGGAAAAACGACGAGAGCUCGUACGAAAAGAUGCUCAAGCUACGGCGAGAGCUCGCGCGAGCCCUGUCGCUCCUGGAGAUGGUCGCGCGGCGGGAGAAGGCCAAGCGGGAGCUGCUCCGGCUCACUGCCGCCAUCGCCGAGCGGAGGUACCACGCGGGAGACUUCACCGAGCCUCAGCCUAGGGUGGUGGUGGGCAGCUCGGCGGCGGCGCCGCUGCGCUCGCGCGUGGAGUUCCCGCCGCACUACCCGCCGCGCGCGCCGCCCCUGCCGCACGACACGCCGCGACAGCGGGAAAAGCGUCCGUACAAGAGACGGAAACACAGGCACCACGCGGCCGCCGCCGUCGCCGGCCACAGGGAGCCGUUGUUCGCCUCGUCGUCGGAGGAGGAGACGGCGCGGCUGGACGCGGCCACGCCGCCCGACGACGGGCCCUUCGCCUUCCGGAGGAAGCCCGGCUGCUACUACGAGAUGCCAACCUCGACGCUCAGCGGCGACCCCGUGGAUCCCGACAACAAGGAUGGGCUCUUCGAGCACGAACUCGACGAGAGGCAUAGGUUCAACCUCACGUCGUUAUCGGAGCCGUACCGGCGCUGCGUGGGGUUCGCGCGGCUGCGGCUGGGCCGCGGCGGGCGGCUGGCGGUGGACAGGGUCCGACACCCGCUGGAUGACCUCUGGAGCGCCCUGCCGCCGCCGCCGCACCACACGGAGUUGGCGGAGGAGGUGGACCUCGAGACAAAAGUGCACAGAACGCCCAAAGAGAUAAGCCGCGACUACCACGCGACCGGCAAAUACCCGUGGCGGCACGCGUUCCGCCAACACCUCCGCAACAACCCCCACCUCUGGCUCAAGGGCGAGCCGGACCUCAAGGCCGACCUCAAGGACGACCUCGGCCUCGGGGUCAAGUGUAAAGUGGAGCCGGAGCUCAAAAGUGAUAUUAGUGUUAGGACUAUGGAUGAGAUGGACAGUGAAGUGAGAAAGCGCGCGUGGAGCAGUAGCGACGACAGUGAUAGCAAUUUGCAGCCCGUUGAGCAGGAGUUUGAGAGGUUUAUCGACGAGGUUAAUAAGAAAUGGUUACAUUUCCGACCAAAAACGCCGCCCCCCUCCCCGCCGCACCUGCCGCCCGCCGACGAGGUGCCGGUGGAGCCCGACACGCCGCUGUGUGUGGAGCUGCGGCAGGACGGAGCCUCCAGCUUCACCACCGACCAGUUCACGCUCGCCGACCUCAUGCCCGGGCUGGGGGACCUACACGAGGACCUAGGAUUAUCGGAAGACCAAGGCACCCUUCCCUCGGAAUCGGAGUUGAAACUGGACAAGAGUGGCCGGCAGGCGCUGGCGACGGAUCCUUUUUUAUCCCACGGCCGGGGCCCUAUGGCGCGGGGCCCCACGUUCGGCAGCAGCGCCGUGCGCGUCACGCACGACACACACUCUAUCUACAUGGAUAGACCCGCGCCGGUCCCGGCGCCGGCGCCGGCCCCGGUCCCGGCGAGCGCGCCGCCGCGGCGCGAGGCCGCGAGCAGCGCGCAGCCCGAUCCCGUGCCGGCCUCGCGCCUCAUCGUCGAGGAGGUCAACGAGGUGCCGCAGAUAAAACUAGAAAAGAAGAAGAAGGACGACACGAUAGAGGAGAUCCAGUUGGGCCACGGCGUGCAGCUGAAGACGGUGCAGACGAAGCACUCGCCCCUCAAGAAGCACAUCAUCACGUCCGCGCACCGCCGCGCCGACCACGAGCCGCCGGUCCGCGCACAGGUCACCGACACGCUGAAGGUGCGGCUCCAGAAUCAUCUCCUAUCGUCGCAGGCCAGCGUGGUGAGCAGCGGGGCCACGGUGGUGGGGCUCGUGCAGAACGGACCCUUCACCGCCGUCCCGUCGCAGCCAGGCGUGGCGACCACCGCCGUGGCGGUGUCGGUGUCGGGCGUCGCCGCGGGCACGUCGUCGCCGCGGCGGGGCGCGCCCCUCGUGCCGCUGGGCGGGCGCGGCGGGCUGCUGGCGGCUCCAGUCGUGGUGGGCACGGUGGGCGGCGUGGGCACGGUGGGCGGCGUGGGCGUGGGCGCGCAGAACAAGCUGAAGGUGCUGCACGCGCACCCGCUCACGCACGAGCAGCGCGCGCAGCUGCUGCAGGCGCGCGCGCACGGGAUCACCCCCCUCCCGGCGGUGGUAUCGCUGGCGACCCUCGAAGCCAAGUCCAGCAACACGGCGGCCAUCCUGAAGGCGGCGCCCGGCUCCGUGGCGCAGUUCUUCGAGAUCAAGGGCGGGCAGCUCGGCAAGGGCCCGCACCUGGUCAACGUGGUGCGCCAGCCGCCGCCCAAGCCCGCGCACGCCGCGGACAAGAAGCCGCGGCAAGUCGUCGCCGCCAUCGACCACCAGGCGCUCAAAGGUCAGUUGUAUUGCGGUGUGACAGCAGCGGCGGCAGCGCGCGGCCGCGUGUCGCUGUCGCUGGACGGGCGGCAGCUGGUGCGCGCCGCGCUGCCCGCCGUGCGCGGCGCCGCGCCGCAGCUGCUGCGCCACCAGAUACAGCUCAAGCACCGCCGCGACCACCAGCCCACCAUCUCCAUAGCGGCACCAACGAAAACGGCGUCGAUCCCGUCGUCGGUGGUGGCGAACCUGCUGCAGAAGAACGUGUCCCUGGGUGCUCCGCGGCUGUCGCUGCCGCAGACGGCGGGCGUGCAGGCCAUCGCCUUCUCCGCCGCGCAGCUCAAGGCUCGCCAGGCCCGGCUGGUGCCGGCCCGGCCCGUGCCCAGACCAGAGCUGGCGGAGGCGGCGGCGACGUCGAGCGCGGCGCCGGCGGCGGAGGAGGACGACACGCCCAACGGCAGCGUGCGCCGCCGCACGCAGGACACGCUGCCCAUGGAGGUCACGUGACAACCGCCCGCGCCGGCCCCCGGGCCCCCCGCGGCCCCCGGCUCCCCGCCCGCGC